AUGAUAGGAAGUGCUUUUGCCAGCUUCUCUGAUCUCGUUAUCGCUGGAGAACGGACCGAGAACAGACUAAAGAUUGGAAAAAUCCAAGGUUCUAUUGUUGCUUCUAAUGGGACAAAGAAACCCUAUAGUGUUUUUCCCAAGAAAAGGGAGGGAGAAACCAAUGCUACAUCAAUCUCCAUGGGGAAAGGUAAAGCUUACCGGACCCCGUACUAUCAUGUUGCAGAAGUGACUCCUAACAACUAUCAACAGUUGACAUACGCCAUUCCCGAUGUUCCACAACAAGUCCCACAUCAUCCGCAUGUCCGGUACCAGCAGCCAUACACACCCAGGCCCAACAAUUAUCAACAAUAUCAACCGGGCCAACAACGUCCCAAAAGACAAGAGAGAAGACUCGACCCUCUUCCCAUGAGCUGCAGUCAACUACUGAACCAUAUGUUAAAUGGUUCUCUUAUUAAGCUAAGGGAAGCCAAGCCUCCUUCAUCCCCACUCCCACCAGGCUACGACACCAAUUCACGUUGUGAGUUCCACACGAGGGUACCCGACCACACUAUCGAUAACUGUAAGGCGUUUCGGUAUAAAGUUCAAUACCUCCUUGACUCAAAGGCCAUAUCGUUCGUGCCUGCAUGGCCCAACGUUAACAAUAAUCUGAUGCCUCCUUAUGUCGGGCAUCCCGUGAACAUGAUGCAAGAGUCUGCUGAGGUCGACCGUAUCUCUAAGGUCAACAUGAUAAAGACUCCAUUAUUGGAAGUAAAGGAACAAUUUCUCCUAAGGAACGUGUUCCCCGGAUGCACUUCUGACUGUGCACAAUGUGAAGACACCCCACAGGGUUGUGGAAAGUGCAAAAAAGGUAUUCAAUUGCUGAUAGACCAGGGCAUUUUCCUAGUAGAACACUCUUCAGCAGUCGAUGAGGUGUCUACUUUAGAGAUACCCUACUAUCCAGUGCAGAUACCUAUUGAGAAUUCUCCCACAACACCCCUGGUGAUUACUGUGCCAACUCCUUUCCCAUACGAAAGCACUAAAGUCGUCCCCUGGAAUUACGACUCCACAACCUAUAUGCAUGGGAAAAGACUCGAAGAAAGGACCUCUGAAACUCAAAAGACUCUAGUAAUCCAUGUACCCUCUGAGGUUUCCAAACAUGUGGGGACUCAUAAGUUCAUGGAAAUAUAA